AUGACAGUAGACAGUUUUCCUUAUAUCGAUGUUAGACUCUACGGCCGCUCACUUCAGAAAUUGAAACAAGAUGGUAUAUCCUUGAAGAAGAUUCUGGAAGGAGUUGGAUUCUCUGGUGUAUCAAUUCGCGAAGGUCGUAUCUCACGUGGCCGCAAGAAGCAGUUCACUGUUCCAAGUCUCAGUACAAGCAUUGCAAAUGUUGAUGUCCCUCGUUCCUCGACUCCGAUCGUUUCACAGGUUGACAUUCGUAAAAAAAUAACUUGGAAUUUGCAAGAAAGAAUCUCCGAGAUUGCUGACGAUGAUGAAGAAAAAGUUGAUUUCGAUAGCGAAGUAGAUUCAGAAGAGAUCAUUGAGGAGUCAAGAAAAUCAUCCGAGCAGAAAAAAAGAGAUACAGAUGUUGCUUUGGUUCUUGAUGGUAUAAUGGAGACUGUCAUCGAAAAAGAGAAAACGGUAAGAAGUACAGCCGCAAUUCUAAUUCCUGCUGAUGAAAUGACGAUUUCUAAGUUUUCGGAUCCGGUUACUUUCAAUAGAAAUAUGAUAGGCUCAGUUUACUGCAGUAUUGCACCGGCUGUGUUAGAUAGUGAUCAUGGAAAUAUUCCACAAAGUGAAGAAAGAAAAAACUCCAGUUCCUACGGGCUCUCAAACAUGGACGUUCAUCAUUCAUUUCAUGUUGAUAACAUCGAUGAGACAGCUGAUCUUCCUGCUGAAGAAAAGACGACUGAACGGAAUGGAAAACAUACGAAAACUUUUAAAGCAGCUCAGAAAACUACCCGUUGUACUCAUGAUACGCAAAACACAGCCGUACCGAUCACAUGUAAUUUUCCGAAAUGUGGUCAUGUUAUCAGCUGGAGAAUAAGAAGCGGAAAAAUCAAUCUUGUCGACCACGCAUUGAAGCACAGCAAGAAGAAGUUUCUGAAAUGCCACGAAUGCAAAAACAAAGCUAAAGAGAUUAAAACUAUUCGUUCGAUGCGUUAUCAUUACCAAACAAGUCACAAGGGUAUGAAAAUGACGGGAUACGGAGUGAGCACUUUACCAUUGAAAGACCCCGACUUCAGAAAACUUCUGCAUGACUGCUUCGGAGAUCAACUGGAUGCAUUCAAUGAAGAGCCAUCCGAGAAAACUGAUGAUUUCACUAUUUGCAGAUCGAGACGCGAAAAACUCUGA